ACCUUGAGGUAUCAAUUGUACCUUGAUCAGCUAACGAUACACUUACAGCAGAUCUCAAAAGCCCAUCAAGAUGAGCUCAGACACCACCCCGCCACCCCGCAUUCGCGCGGCGUUGUUUGAUAUGGACGGCCUGCUUAUAGAUUCCGAAGAUAUAUAUACAGAAGUCACAAACAUCAUCCUCGCACGUUAUGGCAAACCUGAUAUACCAUGGUCCAUCAAGGCGCAGCUGCAAGGCCGUCCUGGGCCACAGGCUGGCCAGAUCUUUCAGGACUGGGCCCAGCUCCCUAUCGACGAGGAUCAGUUUAAGGCAGAGCAGAAGGAGCUUCAGUUGAAGCUCUUCCCAAACACAAAGCCACUACCAGGUGUCCUGGACUUGCUGGAAGGUCUGAAGAAGAGGGGCGUACACAUGGCGUUGGCGACGAGCAGCAACAAGAACAAUUUCAAGAUCAAGAGCGAGCAUCUGGGCGAGCUCUUCCAGAACUUCGCGCUCGAACACCAGGUCCUUGGCGACGACCCUCGGAUACCCGCUGGCCGUGGCAAGCCUGCGCCAGAUAUCUAUCUCCUUGCGCUCUCUACCCUCAACAAGACGCUUGAGGCGCAAGGCCAGCCACCAAUACAACCAGAGGAGUGCUUGGUGUUUGAGGACAGUGUACCCGGUAUUGAGUCGGGCCGGAGAGCGGGUAUGCAGGCAGUUUGGGUACCACACCCCGGGCUCUUGAAAGAAUACCAGGACAGGAAGAAGGAGGUAUUGGCUGGGCUCACUGGUGAACACAAAGAGGAUGAAGAGCAACAGCUGGAAAAGACAGAAGCCGAGGCCAAGCAGGGCAAGAGAAAGGUUGGCAUGCCUGGUGAGAUUGAUGAUGGCUGGGCAAGGCUGUAUGACACCUUGGAGAACUUCCCGUACGAGAGUUAUGGCAUGAAGCAUUAGUCUACCCGAGAAGGAGGUUUACCUAACGUACAUGGCGGCAUGUUACGUUUGGACUUGGUGGACGCUAUAAGCGCGAAACACCUUAGAUUAUAGCCUUUAGAGGACAAAAGCAUUUGUCCUCUAGAUGCUGUGCUGAUCAAAGUGUGUAAAGCUCAUAAUCAGUAAAUGAAUAAUUGUAGCAAAAGAUCUCGUCGCAGCUAUGAAGUUCU